UUCUAGGCAUCUAUUAUCCAUUCUCUCCUCAUCUCCAUUUGAUCCGCUCAACCUCAAGGAAGGCUGGGAGAAAUCAUCGAUGGAGUUGGAAUUGGGACUCAAAAUCACCAGAACCAGAGAUGAUCUCACCUCCGAAAUCCGAAUUAUCAAAGAUCGCGCCGGUCCUCUCUUCCUUUCUAGAGAAACAGAGACCAUGUUCGUCCUCACUGCCCACCUCAAAGGCUUCAAGCGAGAAAGAAUCAAGAUCGCGAUAAAUGAAGACGGAAAUCAGAUCGCAAUAAGCGGAGAGAAGUCCAUUCAGGAGAUGGUGAUGGUGAAAUGGAUAAUGUAUAAGAAGGAAGCAGAGAUCAGGGAAUUCCGCAAGGCCUUUUGGAUCCCUGAUGGCAUAAUUCUGGAUCAAAUCAAAGCCAAGUUCAACGAGGAAGACUCAAUUUUAACAAUUGUAAUGCCAAAGAAGACCAGAGGAAUUCGAGGGAUUGAAAUUGAGGAAGUGAAGCAAGAAAAUUCUGAUGGAGAGACAUCUGAAAGGGAUGAUGUUCAAGACGAUCUUAAGCCAGAAACUGAAAAAGACGAUCCAAUUGGAGAAAUUACAUCAGAAUCACCUAAAAUCUCACAUGAAGAAGAAUCACCAGGACUUACCUCAUCAGCGACCAUUGAAGUUCCUGCUACAGCAUUACCUGAUAAUAGAGAACAGGUCGUUAGACCAGAGGAACUCAAAGUUGAAUCAGAUGGAGAGCUAAACCAAUCAAAUGCACCAGAUUCACUGUCCUUGGAAGAGAUGGCACGGGAAGACCUUCCUACAGUACAACCAGAAGAGACAGAGGAACUCAAAGUUGAAUCAGUUGGAGAGCUCAACCAAUCAACCGCACCAGAUUCACUGCCAUUGGAAGAGAUGGUAAGCGAAGACCUUCCUACAAUACAGCCAGAAGAGACUGAGGAACUCAAAGUUGAAUCAGAUGAAGAGCUCAACCAAUCAAAUGCACCAGACUCACUGCCAUUGGAAGAGAUGGAACGUGAAGAGCUUCCUACAGUACAACCAGAAGAGACCGAGGAACACGAAAUUCCCAAAAUUAAGGCACCAGAAUGUGAACCGCAUGAACAUGAUCUCACUCCAGUUACUAUAGGUCUUCAUGAACCACAGACUCCCGAGACUAAGAAGACCACAGGAUUUCGAGGGAUUGAAAUUGAGGAAAUGAAGCACGAACAUUUUGAUGGAGAGACAUCUGAAAGGGAUGAUGUUCAAAAGGAGCUUAAGCCAGAAACAGAAAAAGACGAUCCGAUUGGAGAAUAUACAUCAGAAUCACCUAAAAUCUCACUUGAAGAAGGAUCAUCAGAACUUACCUCAGCAGCGACCAUUGAAGUUCCUGGUACAGCAUUACCUGGUAAUGGAGAAGAGAUCGUUAGACCAGAGGAACUCAAAGUUGAAUCAAAUGGAGAGCUGGUACGCGAAGAGCUUCCUACAGUACAACCAGAAGAGACCGAGGAACUCAAAAUGGAAUCAGAUGGAGAACUCAACCAAUCACACGUACCAGAUUCACUGUCGUGGGAAGAGGAGAUGGUACGCCAAGAGCUUCCUACAGUACAACCAGAAGAGACCGAGGAACACGAAAUUCCCGAAGUUAAGGCAACAGAAUUUGAACCGCAUGAACACGAUCUCACUCCAGAUGCUACAGAAGGGCUUCAUGAACCACAAACUCCUGAGACGAAGAAGACCACAGGAAUUCGAGGGUUUAAAAUUGAGGAAAUGAAGCGAGAAUAUGUUGAUGGAGACACAUAUGAAAGGGAUGAUGUUCAAGAGAAGCUUCAGCCAGAAACAGAAGAUGAUCGGAUUGGAGAAAUUUCAUCAGAAUCACCCAAAAUCUCACAUGAAGAAGAAUCAUCCGAACUUACCUCACCAGCGACCAUAGAAGUUCCUGCUACAGCAUUACCUGAUAAUAGAGAAGAGGUCGUCAGACCAGAGGAACUCAAAGUUGAAUCAGACGAAGAGCUCAACCAAUCAAACGCUCCAGAUUCACUGCUGUCGGAAGAGAUGGUACGCGAAGACCUUCCUACAGUACAACCAGAACAGAGGAAGGAACUCAAAGUUGAAUUAGAUGGAGAGCUCAACCAAUCAACAGCAUCAGAUUCACUGCCGUCGGAAGAGAUGGCACGCGAAGAGUUUCCUACAGUACAGCCAGAAGAGACCGAGGAACACGAAAUUCCCGAAGUUAAGGCACCAGAAUGUGAACCGCAUGAACACGAUCUCACUCCAGAUACUACAAAAGGACUUCAUGAACCACAAACUCCUGAGACGAAGAAGACCACAGGAAUUCGAGGGUUUAAGAUUGAGGAAAUGAAGCGAGAACAUAUUGAUGGAGAGACAUCUGAAAGGGAUGAUGUUCAAGAGAAGCUUCAGUCAGAAACAGAAGACGAUCGGAUUGGAGAAAUUUCAUCAGAAUCACCAAAAAUCUCACAUGAAGAAGAAUCAUCCGAACUUACCUCACCAGCGACCAUAGAAGUUCCUGCUACAGCAUUACCUGAUAAUAGAGAAGAGGUCGUCAGACCAGAGGAACUCAAAGUUGAAUCAGAUGAAGAGCUCAACCAAUCAAACGCUCCAGAUUCACUGCCGUCGGAAGAGAUGGUACGCGAAGACCUUCCUACAGUACAACCAGAAGAGAGGAAGGAACUCAAAGUUGAAUUAGAUGGAGAGCUCAACCAAUCAAAAGCACCAGAUUCACUGCCGUCGGAAGAGAUGGUACGCGAAGACCUUCCUACAGUACAACCAGAAGAGAGGAAGGAACACGAAAUUCAUGAAGUCAAGGCACCAGAAUGUGAAGCUCAUGAACACGAUCUCGCUCCAGAUACUACAGAACCGGAACAACGACUUCAUGAACCACAAACUCCAGAGACGCCUCAAACUCGACAGAUUGGAAAUGAAGAGCUUCCUCAAAAAGAGAUAAUUCAAGUUCCUGCUGCAGAACCCAAGCCAGAACUAAAAGAAGAGCAUCGAGAUCCAGAAAUCGGACCACCAGAGACUCCUGAUCUAGAUCAACCAGUAGCUCAAGAAAUUGAAGAUCACGAACUCGGCGUAGCAGAGGAAGCGCAUGAAGAAGUACCAGAGGUCCGAGAGGAGGAAAUUGAAUCGGAGAAAGCAGAAAAAGAAAAAUCUCCAACGGCAGAGCCGAAGAAAAGCGUAUGCGACAGAUCGACUCAAACAGAGAAGUGGCAAUCAGAGGAAGCAGAUAAAGAAGAAUCUCCUAAGGCAGAGCCGAAGAAAAGCGUAUGCGACAGAUCGACUCAAACAGAGGAGUGGCACUCGCGAGAACCUCCGUUGGAGGAAGUUGAAUUGGAGGAAGCAGAUAAAGAAGAAUCUUCGAAGGCAGAACCGAUGAAAAGAGUCUGCGACAGAUCGACUCAAACAGAGAAGUGUAAAUCGCGAAAACUGCCGUUGUGUCCCAGUCUCUUCGCGGGAUCGUUCCUCGUCUCUCUUAUAGUGCUCGUAAUUCAAUUGCUUAGAAAGAAAAAGAAACGAUAA